AUGGAACAAAUAAACCUCACGAGAGGACCGCGGCUCGACGAGCUGCUAAGUACUUUGCCUGCAUGUCGUCGUUGCCGGGCAAAUAGGAGGCGUUGCGACACCCUGCUGCCCUCGUGUCGCAAUUGUGCCAAAUCCGGGGCGGAGUGUGUUUUUUUCGAUCAUGUGCUAGAUGAAGACCUUCCUCGAAGCUACAUCUCAUCUCUCGUGGAAGCUCUCGAUCAAACCUCCUCACCAAACCAGUCACAAGCGGCUGGACAGCAAGCUAAUGGACCAGAGUCAGACGGUGGACCCUCUGCUCCAGGCUCAGCCAGACAGACUUCUCUUCCACGAGAAGAUUCAAGAUAUAUUGGACAGCGCUCAGCCCUUUCUCAAAGCCUUGCUAUUAGAGGUCCUGAGAGUUUCUCUAUACCUCCCGAUGAAUCUACAUAUCCUCUUGAGGAACUUGGGGAAGAUUUGAUUGUGAAGCCCAGAAUGCACCAUUUCCUGCUCCAAAAGUAUCUGUCGGUCAUCCAUCCAAUAUACCCAUUUCUGGACAGUUCACUUCCAUUUUUGUCUCCUCACACCACGCCUACCCAAGACCUUUCUCCGGCAGAGACAUUCAUAUUACAAAUGGUUUACUCAAUUACCUGUCAGUGCAUACAGGGAAGGGGUAAUCAGCUUUUGCCUCUGUCAGAUGCUUGCUACACACGAGCACUCCAACAUAUUGACAGCGCUACAGCAAAUCUUACCAUAAUAACAUUGCAAGCAAUCACGCUCCUAGCGAUGCAUAGUCUUUUUGAUCCCCAAAAGGGUAACUUCGGUCAGCUCAUCACCUUGGCCGCUAGACUGGCAAUCGAUAUUGGAGGACAAGAUAUGCCCGCACGCGGCGAAAACAUGCGCAACAUCCAUUCAUCCAUAUAUUGCAUGGAGAAUCAAGUUACGGUUGCAUUAGAUAGACCGCCCUUUCUACCAGAGCCAAAACGGGCGAUCGAGUUCGAUGUAUCACAGCCUUCUGAGUUUCUUUGCUCCCUGUAUCGGGUCCAAUCCAAAUUCCGAAAGGGAGCUGUCUCUGAGGCUCGGAAAUUGCUGCAAGUAUUGAAUAUAGAAGAAUUGGAGAGACAAGCCAAUUCAGAUCAUCCUAUCAGCCCAAACAUUAUGUCCGCUGUAUACGAAACCCAACUCCUUAUGGACCCCAACACCACUUCCGCCAUUCGCCUUCUCAAUACGUAUGCGCACCCAAACCAUGUUGAGAUAUUUCUGACGCCUCAAUGGGUAUAUCGGGCGGGGCUUAUUCUUCUGGAACACCAAGACACUGAGAAGGAGAGACGUUCGACAGUGAUGGAAGGCUACGGGACAUCUUUGAUACUUUUAGAUCGAGCUGCUCUGAGAUGGAAGGGGGCUGCAGCCAUGAGCGAGUCUCUUCGCUCGUAUAUGAAGCGGUCUGAGGGUCGGUAG